AUGGCUCGCAACAGCGAAAAGGCCCAGUCCAUGCUGUUCCGCUUCCGGGCGCAACAGGCAGCGGAUAUGGGAAUCAUUGAUAUCGGACGCGCUCGACGGCCGAAGGCCAUUACGAGUAUCGACUCAGUACCCACGUGCGAACGCUGGCGGGGCCAGGUCCUCAAAGAAGUCUCCCGCAAGGUGACGCGCAUCCAAGACCAAAGCCUGAGUGACUACCAAAUUCGCGAUCUCAACGACGAAAUAAACAAGCUCAUGCGGGAGAAAUGGGCCUGGGAGAUGCAAAUCCGCAAUCUGGGCGGUCCCAACUACAUGCGAGGAACGGGUCGGGUCUACGACGAUGAAGGGCGCGAGAUUCCGGGCGGCGGCAAGGGUUAUCGAUAUUUUGGCCGUGCAAAGGAAUUGCCGGGUGUGAAGGAGAUGUUUGAGGCCGCGGUUCGUCGUGCGAAGGGACCGGAGGAAGAAGAGGGAUCUGGGACUGGUCGGGGUGGAGACAUCGCGACCAAGAAGGUUGAUGCCAAUUACUUCGGAUAUGGUCUCGACGAGGAGGAUGGCACGUUGCUGGCUUAUGAGAAGCAAAAGGAGAAAGAAGCAGCUGAGAAUCUGCGCAGUCCGGGCGAUGACGAUGCCGAGGAUGGCUGGCAGUCGUUACCCGGAGAUGCGGGCGACGGGGUGGAAUGGCGACUUCCCACGUUGGAAGAGGUUCAAGAGGAACUUGUCAACCGGCGACGAGAACGGCUUCUGCAAAAGAUCUCUUGA